UUGCAUUUAAUCUGUUUAAUAAUGAAAUGCUUUCAAUAAGGAAUAAUUUAAAAAGCGCAUGUGCACGUAGCAUUUGUCUUGAGAGUAUUUAUAUUGUAUCGGACGUGUAUGUUAUCACUAUAGACAAUUAUUGUUCAGCAAAGUAACGUUAAAAUUGACCAUGGCAUCUCAGACUAUGUUGGCUUACCAAACAACCUACAUCAAAGAUGAAGGUGAUGUUGAAUUUGGCUCAGAAUGCCCAGUAUUUCCCUCAAAUUGUCGCUACAAAGUCACAUCAGUUACUAUCAACGGUAGAAGCAUUACAGCUUUAGUUACUGAAGACGAAGAGUUGUUGUGUUUUCCUCAACUAGUUGAUUACUUCUUAAAAGACCAUGUGGCAGGCAUGCCUACAAUCUAUGCGAAAGUCAAACGAAUGGGUAUAAUCGCUAGAAGUUGCAAUCUAGACCAAGUCCGACUUAUGAGAAGUAUGGGCGCAAUAGGACCUGUUGUCAACCGUUGCAAAUUGAUCACAAUGGAUGAUUUUAAGAGACUGUAUGAAGAUUGUCUCUUGUUUAGAGGACCUGGCCGACGAAAACGUAUUUCAACUGAUUCAAGUAGUGGCUGUACUCCAGUAAAGAUAACUAUCAAACGUCCAUAUCUUGAGGAAAACGAGGAAGAUGAUUCUUCAUUUGGUGUUGGAAGAAAACCAGAAGAAGAAAUGGUUGUUAAUGUGUCUUCACCAAUAGAUCACCAUGGGAGUUAUUUUACCAGUGAAUUUUCAAAGCCAAAUGAUGGUCACUCUCAAACUUAUCGUCGCUCUAAUGGCUUUUCUUCUGAAGAUAAGCUUGGUUUGCCAUCUAUGAUCUAUAGCACAUUUUCUCAUGCACCUCCAAAUGUUGCAACUUUUGUACAGACCUUUGAUAGCAGAACAAUCACUACAACAUCACCAAGAACGACAUUAAUAACACCUAUAAAUGGUGCAACGUCCCCAGUUAAUGGAACAUUUGAUCAUCAAUCUAAAGCUGAUAACUCUGAUGUUUGCGAAAAUGACAGCAACAUUAUAGAUAUGAAUGAUCAAGGCUCAGCUGUCACUCCAAUAUCACCAAGAAGGUCAAGUUCGGCUUCAGCACCGACUACUCCAAAUAGCAUUGCGCCUUCAGACUCUCAGAAGGCUUCUCCAAUUGUUUGUGGAGUUUUAAAAACUAGUGCUUCAACUAACGUGAUAUUUUCUCAUAUGAAUGGAAACAAUCCCAACUGCCCACCGAGAUACUUUAAACAGUCAAGCACACAAAAUGGAAGUCUCCCAAUUCUUCCUUUGAGUCAUAUGAGACCGCAACGUGAGAAAUUGACAUCAUCAGAAACAUUGCUUGGCAACAUUCAAGGAUUGUUGAAAGUAACUAGUGACAACAUACGCAUGGUAGAAAGGCAAAUGAUGGUCGAUAGAGAUGAAUUUACUAAAGAAUUACAAAAAGAAUCCGAGGAUCGUAUCAAAGCAACAAAAAUGAUCUCUGAUUUGCAAAAGGACAAAGCAUUGUUACAAAGAAAGAUUCGCCGAUUAAAGAAAACGACGCGUAAACUAAAUAAUCAUUAUCAAGCUGCGGAACAACGCUGUUUAGCGUUAAAUCGUGAAUUAGAGGAAUCAUCUUAUGCUUCUUUAAGAGAACAAAAUGAGUUGUUAAAACAAGAGCUCGAAAAGGAAAGACUAACGCGAAUUGACGCUGAAAAAAAACUCGAGGGAGCUCGUGGGGAAUUCAAAACUUCGUUCAUAAUUUUUUGGAGAAUCCAGAACAAAACUCUGGCGAUCUUGUUCCCGUGUAAAUAUAUGUAUUAUAAGGCAGAGAGUCAAUCAAAGUGUAAAGAACAUUGAACUUUAAUACUUGUUUGAGUGUUAUAUGCUGUAAUGUCGAUUAUUUUUUAACUGUAUCAUUGACGUUGAAUUAAGCAUUCUAUAUAAAAUAUCAUCAAUAUAUUUUUCUCAAAAAUUUUUCUUUGAAAUAGCUACUGCAGCGGGUUGUAGAAAGCUCAAAUAGCGUGGUCCACUGGCUAGGGGCUUUUUUCUGAAUAUUAUUUAUGAAUGGUUAUCUGUGUCAGGAACCUGUACCAAUACUUUACAUACAUAAAACUAUAUUGGACUUAAGAAUCGAAUUAACGUUUUUCUCUAUGGCUUUCUAAGUUAAAUUGAAAUUGUGAAUUUAUAACAUUGAUAGCGCUAUUUGGACUUCAUGCAGCCAGUGCAUGGGACUUUGUAAGAUAUUUUUACCAAAUGGAGCCUUCGAGGAAGCUUUUCUGUAAGUGUAACUCAGUGUGACUGUUAUCUUUAUCAUAAAUGGUAAAAUAAAAUACAUUGUGAAAGUUAGAUAACAGGAUUAAAAAAUUGUAAAUACUAUUAAACUUAUAUUCUUUUAUACUUUGAAAGACAUAAAUAUAUGUAUAAUGACAUA